AUGAGCAAUCUUCAAACAUCGCAGGCUCUUAAGGAUGUUCUACCGACGUUCUCUGGCCCGUUUCCGGCUCAAUUGGUUUCGUAUGUGGAUUCACUCUACAGUCUAAGUUUUCAGAAGAUCCCUGUGCUUCCCCAUAAAGCAGAUGUGGCACGUUAUCAUCUAUGUGCGUACCUUGGCGCGUUACGCUGUCAGGAGAGAUUUUCUCUUCCAGAACCUCUGUCUCAGCUGAUUCCAGUGCAGCCAAAGUUGUUGGAUAGGCUACUUGACGACAUUGAAGAGAAAGUUGUGCGUGGGAGCUCUUCACCAAACAGUACGCCCACCAAAAAGAGGACUUUAAAUCUCAUGCUGCCGCUGCCGUCGAAAAGUGCCCCAAAAGUGUCAAGCCCUUUGAAAAAAUUGCAGUUUUUGAAAGAUGACGCUAGUCCAGAUGGUAGUCAGGACAGCCCAAGUAAAUUCGACAUGGAGUCGCCGUUCAACACUACCAAGCCGUCGCACAACGACAAUUCGCCAUUCAAAACACCCACAAAGAAGCGAUCCGAGAAGAGUUUUUCAGGUUCGCCCAGAACUCCAAAAUCGGCUGCUGGCUCACCUUCAGGACCACGCUACGUUCGUCUGCUCACAAUAGCUGACAUUAUAUCAUUUGCCAAUAAUUUCUUUAUUCCAGCCCAAGUGACUCCUGACCUCGUGGAGAGCUUCAUGGCCCAGAAACAUAAAUUUUUAAAAAAGAAUGAGUGGCUAUUGGCAUGUGGACUCAUUCAUGCUGCCUACAUCAGAAUCAAUGCAAAGCUUUUGGAAAAUACAAUUGGGAAAAAGUCAGAGCUUCAAGAGCAGCUUUUUCAGUACCAGAAGGGCGGGCUUAUGAAAGCCAAUAUGGUGAUGUGGAUCAAAAUUAUAGAGGAGUCUGUCAAGUCUGAGCCAUGGCUCAUUGAUUUGGAAUUGAAGUAUAAGCACAAUAACUGGACCAUCGAAGAUACAUCUGAAGCUCGAGAGAUUGAGGGAAAAUUGGGUGCGGGUUACGAGCUUCUUGAGCAUUUUGGGUCUAUGAUCAACCCAUCAGUAAUGUUUAACAAGCCUUCUCAGGUCGAGUAUUACAACAAUUGGACCAGUAGAGUCAAAGAGGAGCUCAGCAGAACGUGA